AUGUACGGCUGCACACCCGGAGAUCCUGGGUUCGAGUACCGGAUCGGGCCAAGUUUAGUUAUUGAGUCUUUCUGUAUAGUAAGUCUCAGUAACAGCCCGGAGUUGGGAAGAUGGCAGUGUUUCACCCCCGUGCCUCGGAGACGUCACGUAAAGCCGUCGGUCCUGCGCCUUAAGUCUCACCGGUCGUGUCGAGCAGUCGUCCCACCGGAGUAUGAGAGUGACAGGAAUAGAGAGUGCACGUUGUCGUGUCUGCGCGUACACUUGUGCACUAUAAUAUCUCCUGCGCAGUUGGUUCGUCUCAAUGAGAUUGGCCGCCGUGGCCGGAAUCGGUCAGGAGAACAUCAUCAUGUGUUACUUUCU